AAAAAGAGGGGGAGAGAGAGAGUGGGAGGGAAAUGAUGAUGUGGGAAGGCGGUGGAGGAUCGGCGACGUCACCGCCGCCGCCGGGCGGCGGUGACGGCGGUGGUGGCGGUGGAGGGAGUAUUAGUGGGAGGAGGAAGCCGUCGUGGAGGGAGAGGGAGAAUAACCGGAGAAGAGAGCGGAGGAGGAGAGCCAUAGCUGCUAAGAUAUAUGCGGGGCUGAGAGCUCAGGGGAACUAUAAUCUCCCUAAGCACUGCGACAACAACGAGGUCCUCAAGGCUCUCUGUCAAGAAGCUGGGUGGACUGUUGAGCCCGACGGCACCACUUAUCGCAAGGGAUGCAAGCCAACUCCCAUGGAGAUUGGAGGAACAUCAGCCAACAUUACCCCGAGUUCUUCCCGGAAUCCCAGCCCGCCGUCGUCCUACUUCGCCAGUCCGGUGCCGUCGUACCAGCCUAGUCCGCUGUCCUCCUCCUGCCCAAGUCCGACCCAUCACGGCGGCGGUGACGGCGGCAAGAUGCCACCGCAUCCAUUUGCGUUUCUACGCAGUGCCAUUCCCUCAUCUCUGCCUCCCCUGAGAAUAUCAAGCAGCGCCCCGGUAACCCCGCCGAUUUCCUCGCCCACCAGAGCUCCUCCUAAACAGAUUUUCAACCUGGAGACCUUGGCUAAAGAAUCUAUGUCCGCCUUCAACAUCCCGUUCUUCGCUUCCGCCCCCACUAGCCCCACCCGGGCCCACCAGAGAUUCCCCGCCACAAUCCCCGAAUGCGACGAGUCCGACUCCUCCACCAUUGAUUCCGGCCACUGGAUGAGCUUCCAGAAAUACGGGGUCCCAACCUCCCCCACGUUUAACCUCAUGAAACCUGUUAAUCCUCAGCGCGUCCCCUCCAACGACGCCAUGAUUUUGGAUAAGGGGAAAAGCGUGGAUUUCGGGUUCGAGAAUGUCGCGGUGAAGGCCUGGGAAGGGGAGAGGAUUCACGAGGUGGGAUUGGAUGAUCUUGAGCUCACCCUCGGCAGCGGAACCGCUCGCAUAUGAGCGCUGGAUUCUGCAGAUCUUGCAUCAUAUUUGGUUCCUAGUUCCUAGUAGAGGAUUGAUUCUUGUGCGAUUUCUUUGUUUUAACUUUGGUUAAUUAAAGACCCUGUUCAAAUAUUUAUGGGUCUUUCUUCAUCUUCUUCUCUUCUGGUGCAAUGUUAGACGCAGAUAUAUGGAAAUUACUGUCUCUUGCUGUUGGAA